AUGGAGAAGCUCAAAGCGAUGUUUGCUCGACACGGGGUCCCAGAGGUCCUAGUUACUGACAAUGGCCCUCAGUUCGCAGCAUCUGACUUUGCUGACUUUGCAAAAGAGUACGAUUUCCAUCAUGUAACCAGCAGCCCGCACUAUCCUCAAAGCAACGGAGAAGCGGAAAGAGCAGUGAGAACUGUUAAAACACUACUGCGUAAAGGUGAGGACCCUCACAAAGCACUUAUGGCUUACAAAGCUACGCCAUUAGCAUCAGGAGCUUCACCUGCUCAACACUUGAUGGGACGGAACAUCAGAACUACUCUCCCAGUGAGUCCAUCCAUCCUGAAACCAGCCUGGCCAAACCUCAACACUUUCAAAAGAAAAGACAAAGAGUUGAAGGAAAAACAGACUAAGUGUGCUUCUGCCUCAUCCUUUUCAAAAUGUUCAUUUAAACCUGACUUCUUCUCUUGUCUUUCAUCAUCUCUGCAGAUGGGGCACCCCACGGAAACUUCCCAUUUUGUUUCCACAAUCCCAAAGGAGCACGAUGUCUUCAUGGGUUCCAUAUAUGCAACUUUCUGUAUUCUGUCACUCUUGGGAAAUGGAAUACUGCUCCUUGUAGCAUAUCGUAAGAGGACGUCUCUGAAGCCGGCCGAGUUCUUCAUCAUAAAUUUGUCUAUUAGUGACCUUGGGAUGACAGUUACUCUUUUCCCCCUGGCGAUUCCAUCAGCCUUUGCUCACAAGUGGCUGUUUGGAGAGCUGACCUGUUUAUGCUAUGCCGUAUGUGGCGUUCUCUUCGGCUUGACCAGCUUGACAAAUCUUACUGCUCUGUCUUCCGUCUGCUGCCUCAAAGUCUGCUUCCCAAACUAUGGUAACAAAUUCUCCUAUGCUCAUGCCCGUCUGAUGAUAUUGGGAGUGUGGUGUUAUGCCACAGUGUUUGCCGUUGGUCCCUUGGCAAAUUGGGGCCACUAUGGUCCUGAACCCUAUGGCACAGCAUGCUGCAUAGACUGGUAUGCACCUGGCCAUGACUCACUAUCCAUGUCCUACAUCAUCUGCCUCUUCCUCUUCUGCUACGCUCUCCCCCUUGCCAUCAUCCUCCUCUCCUACAUCCUGAUCCUCAACACGGUGCGAGGGUCACGGCAGGCAGUACAGCAACAUGUGUCACCACAGACCAAGACAACAAAUCCACAAAUCCUCAUUGUGAAGCUUUCAGUGGCAGUAUGUAUUGGUUUUCUGACAGCGUGGAGCCCCUAUGCUAUUGUAGCAAUGUGGGCUGCAUUUGGAAGACUCAGUGAAGUCCCACCUACAGCUUUUGCAAUAGCAGCUAUCUUUGCCAAAUCCUCCACCAUCUACAACCCGGUGGUGUACCUGCUAUUCAAACCCAAUUUUCGGAAAUCUCUGAGCAGGGACACUGCUCAAAUACGCAGGCGAAUUUGUUCCAGCCCGUGUAGGGGAAGCCCUGUGCAUGGAGAAAAGGAUUUUUACCCACAAACGUCCCUUCACUGCAACAAGGAUGUUAGCAACUCCACUCGCUUCUCAAACUGCCUAGCGGACAGCCACGGGGCUUCUCUUUAUUGUACCGAGGCAGAUCUACGUUGUCAACGCGCCACGCCUCAAAGAACUGCCUGUGUGCUGAUCGGUACAUCCUACAGCGAGGUGACUUUGAGCCAGCUCCCAGAAAAAAUGCAAGCUGACCUUAUUUGA